UACGACUACAUUAUCUGCGGGGGAGGGUUGGCUGGGUGCGUUUUGGCUGAACGCCUUUCGCAGGACGAGUCCAAGCGUGUGCUCGUACUAGAGGCUGGCGGCUCGGACUACAAAAGUCUUUUCAUCAGGAUUCCGGCUGGAGUCUUACGGCUCUUUCGCAGUAAAUACGAUUGGCAACAUGAAACGGGCGGUGAAAAGGGUUGCAACGGACGGAAUGUGUUUUUGCAACGCGGCAAGAUUCUCGGCGGAUCUUCGUGCACCAAUGUAUGUCUGCAUCACCGUGGGUCAGCGGAAGAUUACAACAGCUGGAACAUUCCCGGGUGGACGGCUACUGAUGUGCUUCCUUUCUUCAAGCAAUCACAAAAGGAUGAGACGGGCCGGGAUGCCACGUUCCACGGUGCGGAUGGGGAGUGGGUCAUGGAUGAGGUGCGAUACCAAAAUCCAUUGAGCAAGUUAUUCCUGGAGGUAGGGGAGGCAGCUGGCCUCGGAACCAAUGAUGAUUUCAACAACUGGUCGCAUCCGCAGGAUGGCGUUGGGCGCUUCCAGGUUUCAGAAGUAAACGGAGAACGAUGUUCGGGAGCCACAGCAUUUCUAAGUAAAGCGGCCAAGCGCUCAAAUGUCAUAGUUCGAACUGGCACUAUGGUGAGAAGGAUCGACUUUGAUGAGACAAAAACAGCGAAAGGGAUUACCUACGAUUUGAUGGGCGAUGACACAUGUACGGUACCUUGUUUGAAAGAGGGUGGCGAAGUGCUGGUGACAGGUGGAGCAAUUGCAUCCCCUCAGCUUCUCAUGUGCUCCGGAAUUGGACCUGGCAAGCACUUACGGUCGCUGGGCAUUCCAGUAGUCCACGACAACUCGGCAGUUGGUGAGAACCUGCAGGAUCACCCAGCUGCUGUCGUUUCCUUUAAAACCCCUCAAAAGGGAGUUUCUGUUACUUCUAAAUUGCGGCUCUUCGGUAAGACAAACCCCAUUCCAGUCUUCCAGUGGCUAUUUUUUAAAAGUGGUCUUUUGACCUCCACUGGAUGCGAUCAUGGCGCUUUCGUUCGGACAUCGGAUUCACUCGAACAACCGGACUUGCAGAUUAGAUUCUUGGCAGCUCGCGCUCUUGGACCCGACGGAAUGACCACGUAUACCAAAUUCCGUACGAUGAAAACAGUUGAAGAUGGUUAUUCGUUCCAGAGUGUUGCAUGUCGAGCAAAAAGCAAGGGAAGGAUCCGGUUAUCUUCUUCCAACUCGCACGUAAAGCCUAUGAUUGAUGGCGGAUACCUCUCUAACCAGGAUGAUCUUGCCACACUACGUGCUGGUAUCAAGCUUGGACGUAUGCUCGGUAACCGACCGGAAUGGGGCGAGUACCUUGGUCAAGAGGUGUAUCCAGGGCCAGAUGUGCAAACGGAUGAAGAGAUUGACGAAUACAUUCGUAACUCGCUCCAUACCGCCAAUGCUUUAACGGGGACAUGCAAAAUGGGAACGGGUCGUGGGGCUGUUGUUGGGCCCGAUCUACGUGUAAUUGGGGUCAAUGGUGUACGUGUGGCGGAUUCAUCUGUCUUCCCCUGCAUUCCAGGAGGACAAACGGCAACACCGACCGUCAUGAUAGCGGAUCGGGCCGCUGUUUUUGUUCGG